AGAUCAUAUAUUCACAGUACAGUUGAGCAAAAUGUUUGUAAAACAUAAGUUUAAGAAAAAUAAAACCAUUAAUGACCUCUUUCUUCCUGUAAAGUUAAAUUAGACAAAAAUUGACAAACUGACUUAUUUAUAACCAUUAAUUUAAUAAUAAACAUUUCUUGUGUUAAAGCAUACUAGUAUUCUGCAUUAUCUUUCAGAUGCUCUACAAGACUCUAAGAGACCUGCAGGUCUCUAGACCAGGAGACACUGCGCCCUACCCUACGACAAUGGUGAAAGUCAAGGUAGUGAAGGUUGGGCACACAGCCACCUUCACCAACAGUAAUGGAGAUAGAGGGCAGAUUAUGAACUUCAGUGUAGCUGACACCACUGAAGCAAUGCUUGCCACUUUGAGUGAUGAGACCAAAUUUAACCAGAUUAGAGAAGGGCGAUCGUUAACGAUCAGGAAUUUUCUUGUGAAAGGAAAUAGAAUCAUCUUCUCAAGGCAGUCAAAAAUCAUGGCUGGUCAGGCUGUAGCCGUUCCACCCAACCUAGCUUCAAGGGGCCACACACUCAUUGUUCCAGCAUCCCCAACAAAGACUUUGAAAGAAGUCAUGGAGUCUUCAAACAAAGACGUUCUAACAGUCCAUGGAGAAGUUAUCAAG